AUGGAAACGGCACCGGAGGAGAAAGUGUUUCUAGGAAGUGAUAAAUUCGCCGAUUCUUCAUCCAACAGUUUCAACACUAUUCUGGCUUUGUCGUUAUGGCUUGGAGCUAUUCAUUUCAUUGGAGCAGUGUCUCUCUUCGCACUCUUCUUCCUUCCUUUCUCCAAAGCACUCUUGGUUUUUGGUUUGCUUUUCGUGUUAAUGGUGAUUCCUAUUGAUGAAAAGAGCGUCUAUGGUCGAAAAUUAGCAAGGUAUAUAUGUAAGCAUGCUUGUAAUUACUUUCCAGUUACGCUUCAUGUAGAGGAUAUAAAGGCUUUCCAUCCAAAUCGUGCUUAUGUUUUUGGUUAUGAACCACAUUCAGUGUUACCAAUUGGAGUUGUUGCACUAGCCGACAGUACAGGUUUUAUGCCUCUUCCAAAAAUAAAAGUUCUUGCGAGCAGUGCAAUAUUUUACACACCAUUUCUGAGACACAUAUGGACAUGGUUGGGUCUGACUGCAGCAACAAGGAAAAACUUUAACUCCUUGCUGGAUGCAGGCUAUAGUUGCAUCUUAGUACCAGGUGGUGUUCAAGAAACAUUUUUCAUGGAGCAUGAUAGUGAGAUCGCCUUUCUCAAGGCAAGAAGAGGAUUUGUCCGCAUAGCGAUGGAAAAGGGGAAACCGCUGGUUCCAGUUUUCUGCUUUGGACAGUCAAAUAUUUAUAAGUGGUGGAAACCAGGCGGGAAGCUAAUUCUGAAUUUUGCAAGGGCUAUCAAAUUCACCCCGAUAUAUUUUUGGGGAAUUUUCGGAUCUCCAAUACCAUUCAAACAUCCCAUGUAUGUGGUGGUGGGUAGACCAAUUGAGCUUCAGAAAAAUCCAAAACCAACGCCCGAGGAGGUUGCGAAAGUACAUACUCAGUUUGUUGAAGCACUUCAGGAUCUUUUUGAACGGAACAAAGCUCGAGUGGGAUAUCCAAACCUUCAGUUGAAAAUUGUUUGA